AAUGAUGAUUUUUCAUACUUUCUCCCACAUCAUGCAAUUUUGAGAGAAAGUCUCACUACGAAAUUGAGAUCUGUCUUUGACGGAUCAGCUGUCACGAGCUCAGGAAAGUCAUACAAUGACAUUCAGCACAUAGGCCCGGUUGUUCAAGACGAUUUGUUAAGUAUCCUUAUUAGAUUCAGGCAACAUAGAUUUGUUGCAACUUCCGAUGUAGCCAAAAUGUAUAGGCAAAUUUAUGUAAGAGAAGAUCAACGAAGUUUGCAGCAAAUUCUAUGGCGGCCUGAUCCGACACAACAAAUUAAACAGUACAAACUAAAUACAGUUACAUACGGCACGGCCUCGGCUCCCUGGCUUGCGACAAGAACACUCAAACAGAUAGGUAUAGAGUGCAAGGACGAACUUGCACGCGAAACUAUUUUGCAUGACUUUUACGUUGAUGACUACAUCACUGGUCAUGAUGAUGAACAAACAUUAAUACAUACAUGUCAAAAUGUCAUUCAUGAGCUAGAACCUGCUCAUUUUCAUUUACGUAAAUGGCGGUCUAACAAACCAUCCAUUCUGACACAGAUCACAAAUGAAAACAACAAUGAUGAUGAGUUGCUAAAUCUUAAUGAUGAUGAUUAUGCCAAAACUUUAGGCCUACUCUGGGCUUGCAAACGAGACACAUUACUGUUUUCAUUGCCAAACAUUACACAACAAGCUAAAACAAAACGCACAAUUUUGUCCACUAUAGCGCAAGUGUUUGACCCUCUGGGCUUAAUAAACCCUUGCAUGUUACAGGCAAAACUCAUUCUCCAAUCUCUCUGGUCUCAGAAUAUUCCAUGGGACUCUCAAUUACCAGCCGAAAUUGAGUCACAAUGGGACCAGUUUGUCAAAUAUUUGCCAGAUAUAUCUCAAAUUGAAAUUCCUCGUAGAGCAUUGUGCGACGAUUACGUGAAUGUUCAAUUGCAUGCGUUCAGUGACGCAUCUAUGAAAGCUUACGCUGCCUGCGUAUAUUUACGCACUGUGUCAAAUAGCGGUGAUGUAAGUGUACAUCUACUCGUUGCAAAAGGCAAACUGGCCCCACUGAGGCAGCGGCUAAGUAUUCCAAAAUUGGAAUUGUGUGGCAGUCUAUUAGCUACACAAUUAAUGAAAAAGGUUGUCAAUUCUUUACGCCUAAAAGUAGAUUCACUAUAUUUUCACUGUGACUCAACCAUUGUGCUUGGUUGGUUAAAAACGUGCAAAAAGCAACUCAAACAGUUUGUACACAAUAGAGUUAAUGAAAUCACCAACACUUUUGACCCAUCAGCAUGGCACUAUGUUCCCACAGAUAUGAACCCUGCUGACAUAGGGUCUAGAGGUCUAAAUGCUUCACAACUCAAAGAUUCAACUUUAUGGUGGCAAGGCCCUCAUUUCCUACACCAAAGGGACAUUCAAUGGCCCUUGCAGCCACUAAGUGUGGACAUUUCUGAUUUGCCUGAAAUUAAAUCUCAUUGUCAUGUUUCAGCAGCAGCUGUAGAUGUACGUGAAAGCGAUUUCACUGAAAAGUUUUCAAACUUUGGCAAAAUGCUACGCAUCAUAGCUUACAUGUACAGAUUCAUAUAUAAUUGUCAAAAUGCAAACAAACACGUUGGUCCAUUAAGCAUCUCAGAAUUAAGAUUAGCGUUGAUUUUCUUAUGUAAAAAGGUACAAUCAGAAAUGUUCAAUAAACAAAUUUCAUUGCUCAUUAAGGGCACACUCACACCAAAAGAUAAAUUAAUCAAAUUAAAUCCAUUUAUUGACCAGGAUAAUCUUAUCAGAGUUGGAGGUCGUCUAUCCAACUCUAACUAUGAUUAUGAUACAAAACAUCCUAUCUUGCUACAUGCAUCUCACUAUAUAACUAAAACAUUAGUUCGAUACUAUCACAUUGUAUACUUACAUGCAGGACCCCAAUUGCUAUUAUCUACGUUACGUCAUAAGUUCUGGAUAAUAAGCGGUCGCAACCUUUGCCGGAAGACAACACAUGAGUGCUUAACUUGUCUUCGCUUCUCAGGUCGUACAUACCAGCCUAUCAUGAGCCCUCUUCCUGCGCAGAGGUUGCACGCUGAUCACCCUUUCACACACACAGCCACAGAUUAUGCCGGUCCUAUCCUGAUAUCGAACAGAAAAGGCCGUGGCGCUAUACUAAUAAAGGCAUACAUAGUUGUGUUCGUAUGCCUGGCAGUGAGAGCAGUACACCUCGAGCUCGUCACCGAUCUGACGUCUCAAGGUUUCAUUGCCGCUUUAAAUCGAUUUAUUGCCCGCAGAGAGCUCCAGUCCCGCAGCAAGUGGCGCACUCAGGGUGCGCAUCCACAGCUGGGCGAGAUGGUCGUCGUCAAGGAUGACCGCCUCCCACCAAACCGAUGGCUGCUCGGACGAGUCACAGCCAUCCACCCGGGCAGCGACGGCGUCAACCGCGUCGCUGACGUCCUCACCACUACGGGGACCCUGCGCAGGGCCUACAAUCACCUCUGCCCACUUCCAUCGACGUUGGAUCAGGCAGCUCCUGACCCAAGGGGGGCAGCCUGUUAACGCACCUUCCAUGUGUGCGUGAGCGCCGCCGCGCACACAUCGACACGACACCCGCGGGCCCGCGGCCGGCGACAGCCCGCCCCGCCAUCACUCACCGAUCG